AACCAAGGCCAAUGGCAACUCCUACAACCCUCCAUCGGCAUCUCUGCCAUGCACAUGCAACUCCUCCACAACAACAAGGUCAUCAUGUUCGACCGCACCGACUUCGGCGCCUCCAACAUCUCCCUCCCCGGCGGCCAGUGCCGCGACGACCCCAACGACACCGCUUUGCAACAUGACUGCACUGCCCACUCCGUCCUCUACGACAUAGGCCAAAACACCUUCCGUCCACUCACCAUCCAAACAGAUCCGUGGUGCUCCUCCGGCGCCGUCCUCCCCGACGGAACCCUAGUCCAAACCGGCGGAUACAACGACGGCGACCGCUCGUUGAGAACAUUCUCUCCAUGCAAUGACGACAGUUGUGAUUGGAACGAAGAACCAAACUACUUACUAACACGCAGAUGGUACGCCACUAAUCAAAUAUUACCGGACGGAAGAGUAAUCAUAGUCGGAGGUAGAAGACAGUUUAAUUACGAGUUCUACCCUCGCAGCAGUUCUUCCUCAACUAUCUGGCUUGAGCUUCUGAGACAAACCAAAGACCAGGGAGACGAAAACAACCUGUAUCCAUUUCUACAUCUCUUGCCCGACGGAAACUUGUUUAUCUUCGCCAACACUAGGUCUAUACUCUUCGACUACAAGCAAAACGCCGUCGUUAAGGAGCUCCCGGAAAUCCCAGGUAAUGAACCACGUAACUAUCCAAGCACGGGCUCCUCCGUCUUGCUUCCUUUGGAUGAGAACCAGCCCUUCCUCGAAGCAGAGAUAGUAGUCUGCGGCGGCGCUCCACGUGGCUCGCGCAUGCUUGCUGAGAGUGGGAGCUUUGUUGAGACUCUAGGCACGUGCGGGCGGAUCAACGUGAAUGAUGCAAACCCUAACUGGGUCAUGGAGGACAUGCCUUUACCUAGAGCUAUGGGUGACAUGCUUAUUUUACCAAACGGAGACGUACUGAUCUUAAACGGCGUUGGACUUGGCACAGCUGGUUGGGAGCUCGGGCGGAACCCGGUGACCGCAGCUGUCAUUUAUCGCCCGUCUGAGCUCCCUGAGCGGCGCUUUAGGGUUAUGGCUGAGUCAAAACGGCCGAGGCUGUACCAUUCUUCGGCCGUUUUGAUCACGGAUGGGCGGGUUUUAGUAGGAGGAAGCAACCCUCAUGUGGCCUACAACUUCACUGGAGUGGACUUCCCGACGGACCUGAGCUUGGAGGCGUUUUCGCCGCCGUAUUUGGCCAGCGAAUACGAAGCGGUACGGCCGAGAAUCGUUUCGGUGGAUGAGAGUAUUGGGUAUGGGGAACGAUUUUUGGUUGCGUUCGCGGUGCCUGAGUACUUGGACUAUAGUGUGUUAUCGGUUACGUUGGUUGCGCCGUCGUUUACGACGCACUCUUUUGCUAUGAACCAGAGAAUGGUGAUGAUGAGGUUGGGCGGAGUUAGGCGCUUGGCGUUGGAUACGUAUGAGGUUGGGGUGGUGGGGCCGUCGGCGGCGGAGAUUGCACCGCCGGGUUAUUAUUUGUUGUUUGUGGUGCAUGCGAAUAUACCUAGUUCUGCCAUGUGGGUGAAGUUGCAGUGA